UAUCCUGAUAAAUCCCUAAAAAGCUGUUGUCGGGUUUGUCACUGUGAGAAUAGCACUGCAGAGUUCCGAUUACGAAAACCAGCCACCAAGAACAACCGUGCCCAACCGGUGUCGCUGCUUUCUCUCUGUCACUCUUCCCUUUCUCGGCACCCUCUGUGGUUUCCUUCAUACCAUGAAGAGGACAAUGCCAUGGGUUGAUGAGUCAGGUGAUGAAUCAUCAUCAUCUUCAGAUUCAGACUCUGAGCAUGAUAGUGAAACUGGGGGGAAAAAGCCCCAAGGUAAAUCUCAAAAGGAGAAAGGCGCUGUGAUUGACUUUGAUGCUCUAAAGCGAUACGGGUAUAAAGGUGGACCUUCGGUCCUAAAGGUACCUGCACCCAAAGAAGAUGACAAGGAUAAAGAUUGGUCCUGGUCCACGGGAAAGGAAAAGCGUGUUGACAACAAGGGAAUUGAAGAAUCAUAUGAAGAGAGACAGAAAACAAGAGAGGCUCUUUCCCAAGGAGAGCAGCUGCAGACAGUUCUGACUAGGAGUGAAAAGAAGAAUCUGUCAUUCUCUCAGAAGGAAAAGAGGAAAAGAGAACUUGGCCAGGCAAGCAGGGGGAAAAAUUACGUCGAAGAAGAGAAGAGGUUGUUGAGAGAUAGUGGAGUCUAUUCUGGUUUUGAUGCUUGAUAAGUCAGGCUAGAAGAAUCCACUUCGUUUUGUGUAAAGAUUCUACAUCCUGUGUCGCUUUGUCGUACUGAAAAGAUUUGGUUGUAGUCUUGGUUUAUUGUGGCUUAAAACUUACAAGAGAAUGUUGUGGAUGAUCUACUAUAAUCUCAAGUCAUUUAAAAUGUUGUAGGGGAUGAAGUAGGAGGAUAUAUCAUUACUUCAUUUGGUAUCUUGAAAGUGUAAAAAACAUCUAAUUCGUGCUUCAUAGGAGAAUGAAGUAGAAGAAUGUGUGGACUGUGGAUGAUCUACUAUAAUCUCAA